AUGCCGUCUUCAAUCCCAGUCAUCGUCUUUGUCGGCGUUGUCACGGUCGCCUACUUCGCCUCCCGCAAGAGGCUCAGCCAUGACCCUCGCGAGCCGCCAGCAGCUCCGCAGGCGAUUCCCGUGGUCGGGCACAUGCUCGGGCUCUGGCAGAGCAAAUUCAACUACUAUGUCGAACUCAGCCAGAAGACGCACUCCCCCAUCUUCACCAUGGCCCUCCCCGGCCAGAAGAUGUACAUUGUGACGCAGCCAGAGCUUAUCCAGACCGUGCAAAAGCAGCACAAGACCCUCGCAUUCCCGCCUAUUGAGGCCAAGUUUGCGUGCAAGAUCUGUGGCGUCAGUCCCGAGGCGGAGGCUAUCCUGAACCAGAACGUCAAUGGCGACCAUGGCGAUUUUGGUCUUUCGAUGGAGUCUUAUGCCGCCAUGCGAGACGCGCUCCGACCCGGAUCGCACCUCGAUGAUAUGAAUCGUCUGAUGAUCCAGGAAGUCGCAAGUUCGCUCGAUCUGCUGCAGCCGGCCAAGGGAGAGUCCCGCACCGUGGGCAUGUAUUCCUGGCUGAGGGAGACCAUCACGACGGCCACUACCCGGGCUGUGUACGGCCCAAUGAACCCGUAUGAUGACAAGUCUAUUGCGGAUGCUUUCUGGGAAUUCGAAAGCGAUCUUAUGUCGAUUCUGGUGGGUUUCCUUCCUUCCAUCACAGCUCGAAAGUCGAUCGCGGCUCGUGCCAAGGUUGCCAAAGCCUUUGAGGCAUACUACAAAGCCGGAGGAGUGCACAAGGCAUCGGCUCUCGCCAAAAAACGAUACCAAGUCGAGAUUGACAACAAUCUUGCGCUGGAAGAUAUCGCUCGUUUCGAGGUUGGAGGCUCGAUUGCCAUCUUAGUAAACACGGCACCCGCAGCAUUCUGGACUCUUCUGCUGCUCCACUCCCACCCAGGUCUUCUUGAUGAUAUCCGGGCAGAGAUUGAUGCCAUCACCAAAACCACCGAGUCGUCUGUCAAAACCCUUGAUAUCACUACGCUCAAGGCCAAUUGUCCCCUGUUGCUGUCCGCCUACCAGGAAGUCCUUCGCUAUCGGUCCAUGGGAACAUCGGUGCGCGAGGUAAUGGAAGACACGCACCUUGACCAAUGGCUGCUGAAGAAAGGCGCCCUGCUACAAAUGCCGAGCCGUAUUAUCCAUCAGGACGGUACGCUCUGGGGCCCCAGCGUCAACGACUUCAACCCCCGCCGAUUCCUGCCCGAAGAAGCGCGAUCCCGUCCACGCGACACUUGCUUCCGUGCGUUCGGUGGUGGUAAGACCCUCUGUCCCGGCCGCCAUUUUGCGACCAACGAGGUCCUCGCCGUCGUCGCCGUCUUCAUCGCGAGGCUCGACAUGAAGCCUGUCGAGGGCCACUGGAGGUUUCCCACUGUCGCGAAUACCAAUGUUGCUUCCGUCGUCAUGGAGCCGGAUGACGAUAUUCAGGUUGAGAUCAAGACACGACAGGGCUUCGAGGGUGUCAAGUGGGUUAUUAACCUUGAUAGCUCGGACAAGAUUUUUGCCAUGGUGACCGAAGACAACAGCGAGAUAUAG